AUGUGAUCAUGUGAAUAAACCAGACCCGUGGACAAUUUUUGCAAACCCCUUCCUUCCACUCACACGUUACUGUGUGAGAUAUUUCGAUGGAAAGCAACGCAGAAUCCCCACUACUUACCUCUACCACAAAAAACGCUCACUUCGUCGGCGACGUCGAAGAUAUCCCUCCGAUCAACGGAAUAAAUGAUUUCUUUGUCCAAUUUGGCGUCGAAUCAAAGAAGCUCUGGUACCUUGCCGGUCCUGCAAUUUUCACUACUGUCUUUCAGUAUUCACUCGGUGCUAUUACACAAACGUUCGCCGGUCAUGUAGGAACACUCGAUCUCGCAGCUGUCUCCGUCGAGAACUCUGUCAUUGCCGGUUUCUCUUUCGGAGUCAUGGUUGGAAUGGGGAGCGCGUUAGAGACUUUAUGUGGGCAAGCAUUUGGAGCAGGUCAGGUGGAUAUGUUAGGAGUAUAUAUGCAGAGAUCUUGGGUUAUCCUGUUCGUCACUGCCCUCAUUUUGUUGCCCCUCUACAUCUUCGCAACUCCUUUACUUCUCUUGAUCGGACAAACCCAUGAUAUAUCUCACGCGGCGGGGCAGAUGGCCAUAUGGAUGAUUCCGCAGCUUUUUGCUUACGCCUUCAACUUUCCGAUCGCCAAGUUUCUUCAAGCUCAGAGUAAGAUAAUGGUGAUGGCUUACAUAUCUGCGGUGGCGCUGGUUAUACAUACCAUUUUUAGCUGGCUGUUGAUGUUGAAGUUAGGAUGGGGGUUAUGGGGCGGAGCUAUAGUGCUCAACCUUUCAUGGUGGUUCAUGGUGAUCGCUCAGAUGAUUUAUAUUUUCAGUGGGACUUGUGGUCGAGCAUGGUCAGGGUUUAGUUUGGGCGCUUUCAGUAAUCUGUGGAGCUUCGUUAAGCUUUCCUUAGCAUCAGCUAUCAUGCUUUGCCUGGAAACAUGGUAUUUUAUGGCCUUGGUACUUUUUGCUGGAUAUUUAAAGAAUGCUGAAAUUGCAGUUGAUGCACUCUCAAUAUGCACAAACAUUGUUGGGUGGGCAGUUAUGAUAGCAAUCGGAUUCAAUGCAGCUAUCAGUGUAAGGGUGUCAAAUGAAUUAGGGGCAGCCCACCCAAGAACAGCCAAGUUCUCAGUGGUGGUAGUGAUUUUUUUUGCAUUUAUAAUCGGCGUUUUAUUGGCAAUAAUUCUUGCCAUUUUCCGGCAUCAAUAUCCAGCCUUAUUUUCUGAUAGUUUAGAAGUUCAAGAAGCUGUUUACGCUCUUACCCCAUUGUUAGGGGCUUGCCUUAUCAUUAACAAUAUCCAACCCGCACUUUCUGGGGUUGCAAUUGGGGCAGGAUGGCAAGCUGUGAUUGCUUACAUAAAUAUAGCAUGCUACUACAUCUUUGGUGUUCCUUUGGGGCUCACUUUGGGAUUUGUAGCCAAGUGGGGUGUAAAGGGUAUAUGGGUAGGCAUGUUGACGGGAACCGUGGUACAGACUUUGAUCUUAAUUUGGAUUUGCUUCCGAACCAACUGGGAAAAAGAGGCAUCCAUGGCCGAAAAGAGAAUAAAAAACUGGUCGGGUCAAAAAGCUUUGGAGGGAGAGCAAUAAAAUGUACAAUGAAGUUUGUUUGAUCUAAAUUUUGAUCCCAAUCUCUGUGCAAUUGCUCAUUUAAUUAAUAUCUCUAUCCCAUAUGAUAAUUAUUUCAUGAAAAUAGCAUCAAACACAAUCAUGAUAUCCAAAUCUGAUGUACGAUUGGUGUUUUAAUGGUAACUGAUUUUUCAGAUUGCA